ACAGCAUUUGGCAUAGAGGGUCUGUGUUGAUUUGGACUAUGGAGAUGGAGCAGCGGUGUUUUAAUAUAUAUGAUGAUAGCCAUGGCGAUAGAAGAGAAAGCCAAACAGACAGAACUGAGAACAUCUAUCAGUGUCUGCAGUAUCCUCCAACUGCACCACGUACCCAACCUAAUGAAACUGAGCCAUCUACUUCAGAUAAAUGUGGAGGGAAGAAGAUGAUACUCCCACUUCUCAUUAUCAUCAUUUUCUUACUAACCGCCAUCCUUUUCAUUGCUACGAUGCAUUACUACCACUUUAUACAAACCAGAUUGGGAAACAGCCAGAACACAAACAAAGAACUGUGGAUUCUUCAUGCCAACAUGUUCUACUUGUUUUGGAGCAACCAUGGUGACUGUGACACUGCUGAGAGAUUCUGCGCCAAGAGAAACGCCAGCCUUGCAGCUGCAGCUGAAUAUAACCUGGCCUGGCUGCAGUCACAGGCCAAAGGAAAGCGCCUCCUAGUGAGGACAGAAACCUCCAACGGCUCUGGAGACUCUGCAUUUGUCCACACACAUACGGAUGAAGAUGAUUUUGAUUGCGACUUCCUCGAUGGGACAUCUGAUAAGAACCAGGUGGAGGGAUGGGUGUGUGAGAAAGAAGCAACAUGAAGCAAAAGGGAAACCAUUCCAAACAGCUUUGUGUUGCACAGUGCUCUUUGAAAAUUCUGAGUUAUUCUUCCGGCGUGUUUUCUUGUUUGCUUGCUUAUUUGUUUUUGUACUUGCUGCUCAGGGUCACCUCCUUGCCCCCAUCUCAGUUGGGUUUAAAAACAUCUCAUAAUGUUACUUUCUAUUUAAACAAUUGGGAAAUGAGAAACUACAGCAGGGGUGCCCAAAUCUGCUUGUGGAGGGCCAGUGUCCAGCACAGUCUGGUUUGUUAGGUGUGAGAGGAAAAACGACCAAACUGUGGCCCACUAGAACCAGAGCUGUGCACCCCUGAACUACAGGAUGCGUUUACCAUAAAUUGGCAACCAUUCGUGCUAAUUUUCUUGAGGUCAAUAAGGCCAGGUGAUUAUUUAUUUUUGCCCUUAUAUAAUAAGAAUCUGUGCAUUUGCCCUUUAAUUAGUUUUACCUGUCUUGUACCUGUAUACCAUUUACAACAUAGGUAUACUUUGUAGGUUUACAGUUACUGAUUGUAGUCACUGAGUGGGUAUACCAGUUUCAGCACAUAGUAGCACAUGGUAGUGUCUGACGGUGGUUCGAGCUAUGGGGUACAGUGGUGGGGCUCUGUAUACCCAAGGCACCUCGUGUAGAUACAGUUUAAUCAUUUUGGUUAACACACUGCCAGUUUUAAGACCCUCAAAUAUGCCAAUGUGCCAUGGAUCCUUUCCAACGAUGUGUGGCAUUUUAUUCGCAGAAACAGAUCAGUAAUUACUACAAAGCACACGACUGUGGCAGAACAGAAGUGGUGUACAAAAUAAACUAGAAAAUCAGUGAACAUUGUCAUGUUGUGCUUUGAAAAG